CACAGAUUAAUCUAUGAACUUCUGCUUGUCACUCAUUUAAACACUUCAUACCUUGCUGGCAUACCUUUCCUGAAAUCUCAGGCGAGCCGAGGUCAAGACUUCAUCUGAAAUAGAAACUCCGAGUCGAUUGGAGACACCCAUGUCGAGCUCAAAUCUGGGCUCUAUGUCAGAUGCGGACGAGUUGGAGCAUAGUUACGAGGAGCUAUCAGGUUCCCAAGUUGUAACACGACAACACCUCCUGCGACACAUUAGCUGCAUACAAAUCAAGAAUUUGACUCCUUUUCCUGCUCGAGAUGACCUCACGACAGCCCUCUCACAACCCGCCGAACAAUCACAGUUCACCGCCUUCGGUAAGCUCUCUGACGACCUGGAUGUCGCACUCUUCAAGCAGCGAUCGAGGAGGAUAUCUACGAACUCUAUAGGGACAAUAGUGGACAAUUUUGGUGUACCGAAGGAGCGAAGGGGCUCUAGUAGCUCAACACUGGACUAUAGGGGGCGGAAACGAACAAUGUCAUCGGGAAUGCUGGGAGGGAAUACGCUUGCACGGAGCCCUAGUCUCGAGAAACCUCAUUCUCACCCAUAUCCAGUAUCCAGCUCAGGACCUACUAUUAGGCCUAAUCGGCAACGUACGACGUCGAUGGCCUCCCUUGCUAGCAGUCACUAUCCCUUUCCUUUCGGCACAUCAACGACUUCUAGCGCACUAUGGCCGGACACGUCCCAGACAGCUUUAGAGAAGGUCUUGCAGGACCGUCUGGCCGAGACAUUCGUAACUUUGAGUGCAUUACCGGAUGACCCGCCAUCGCCGGAGAUGCGCCGUCGAAGGCAUGCCAAGAUACCAGGCUCGCCUCGUAGCUCUUCACCAGACUCAGGAGCAUCGAGUCCUUUGCGUAGUGUAUCACCCUCGCUGGAUGGCUCUUCACAGAGACGAUACAAACAGCAAGCUCCAUCUCUUAUCAACCCGUCUUCACCAGUAACACCCUCGUCAAAACCGCGUCGGAAGACGGAGUCCAAUGUCGCUCGCUCAAAUGGUACCGCUACUUUCCCGUCAUUCCAUUCAACGGAACCCCAAACACCCUACAGACGCCAAUUCGGACCUCCACCCACUUCGCAGCACUCAAUACCCACACCACCGAAUUACAUCUCCGACAUUCACCAUCCGAGUACAAACCCUUCAUUUCCUCUUGAUCCGCGCUCGGGAUACGACGUCGCUAAAUGGACGAAUUUGGCUGCGAGGAAGGUCUCGAUCCAGGUAUGGGGAAAGGUCCCGGAUGGGAUGCAAAGCGGGGGUAAGGGUAAAGGCAAGUGGAAGGCUCCAAUGGAGACGGUGAAGGGAAGUAUUGGGCAAUGGAAGGUCUUGGAGGAAUGGAAUGUGAAUCUGGAUGAAUUGGUGCCUCUGUCGGAUGAGCUUGCCAGUCAGCCGUCACAACUCCCCUCGAACACGCUUGUCCUCACUCUUUCACCUCCUGGCCAAGCUUAUUACCUGCCGCCACUAUCUCGCACGUCAAACCGUUCUGCCUCUCCUGGAGUUGAAUCACAUGAGGACCCAGAAGUUCGAAGUGCAGGAGACUUAAUCGUCUCGAAAGCAUCAUCUGAAAACCAUCCUGACCAUGUCACAUCGCCUACACGGUCACACUCACCUGAACGAAUACACCGCUCAAAGAAGGGAAUAAGAACGAGUGUUGGAUGGCCAGAUCUUGUGAAACUGGCGACGAUGCAGUCCGUGAUUCUAGAUACACAGCGGUCCCUAGCCAAGAUUGUCCGUGAGAUCGACAAAUUACUUCUCGGAGAUGGCAUCCUUCCACUUGUUCGCGAGAUAUCAGAGCGCGAGAUGCGGGUGCAGGAUUGGAAGACAGAUACCGAGACAGUGCAUACUGAGUGCAUCAGUAUGUCAGAACGAAUACGCGCUCGGCGCGAAGCUAUCCAGGCUCGGAGAGACGCACUUGCUCGUGCACGAGAUCUUCACCUGCAAGACCUGCAAAUGGAACACCUGGACGAAGGGGAAUUGUCUCAAGAACGAAACCGCCUCGAUACUCUCCACAAAACCCUCAAUCCCGUCCGCAUAUCCCUCAUCGCUACCCUCUCCUUCAUCUUCCCCAUCGACCUCCUUUCCGGCCCCGAUCUUCUCUACACGAUCCUCUCAGUUCCGCUCCCGAUACCACUCGGCACGAACGACCCCGCACCGCCACUUUCUCUGCCCUCGCAUAAAGAGGUGAAUGAGGACGUGGUGGCGACGGCGCUGGGGUAUGCAGCGUUUGUGGUGCAUCUGGUGGCGCUGUAUCUUGGACGGGCUUUGGUAUAUCCGGUCACGUUUAUUGGGAGUAGGAGUCUGGUGAGGGAUGGGAUCUCGGCGAUGGUAGGACCGAGGAUGUUUCCCCUGUUCUCGAAAGGAGUGGAUACAUAUCGGUUUGAGUACGGAGUGUUUCUUCUCAACAAGAACAUCGAGUUGCUGAUGUCAGAUCGGAACUUACGGGCCCUAGAUAUGCGCCACACACUACCGAACCUGAAGAACCUUCUCCUAACGCUAACGGACGGAGAAGGUGCACCACGAAUGGCGCGAAGACCCAUGGACUCACCCGUCUCAUCCCUCCUCGGACUCGACUUCCCCUCAAGACCAUCCACACCACUCCCUCCGCAACCUGCAUCCUCGAUACAAGCCACACCCUCGACAGAAACCAUCCACGAAUCUUCAGAACCUCCAGCCCACGAAGCCACCACACCCACCACACCUACACCCAUCUUCUCCACUCUCGCUUCAUUCACCUCAACCUCAACCUCUAUCUCGUCCACUACCUCCACCUCCACCUCCACCCUCACAGACGCGACCGAAUCCAACCCAGAGGCCGAGCGUAGUGGUGACGGAACACCAACUUCGAAAUCAAACACGGACGCGCAUUAUUAUAAUACGCUCUCGCUCUCGAAGAUGUCGAAACCGUUCUUCGGCGGGCUUUCGGGGUUCUUGAGGUCAAGGUAUCCGUCGCAGGUGCAGGUUCAGACGACUGCUACUGCCACUGCCACUUCGACAGCCGAAACGAACACUAACACUGAUGCGGGCAAGGAAGGAGGAAGUCCUGUGGCGGGUGUGGGGGAUGGGAAUGGGUCUCGGGCGGAUGGGAUAGCGGAGGGUGAUGGAGAUGUGGAUGCAGACGACGAUGAGGAUGGGGAGGAGGAAGAGUCGGAUAGCAGGACGUUGAGGGAUGUGGCUGUCAAUGGUGCUGGUGACGAGAGAAGCGACACCGGUGGUGACGGUACGGAGACUUCGUCGGUGGAAGCUAUCGGUAAGGAGCUGGAGAAAGUUCCCGAUGGGCAUGGUGGAGAGGUUGUUGGAGGCGGUGGGGUGGCCGCGCCGAUUCAGUGAGACUUGUUGUGGGUGGAUUGUGAUUGUGAAAGCGGAAUAUUUGCUUGAUACUCGUACACUACUCUAUGUUUUCCUCUCGGGUUGGAGGAUGAGGACCGUUUGUCUUUUGUUUUCAUUUAUGCAACCGCGGUGUGCGCUAGCUACGUAUUAUUUGAUUUUUAGACCGUGCUGGGUAACUUAUCGUGGAUUUUCUUUGCUCUCUCAUGCUCGAGAGCGCAAAGGAUGGGGAGGGCCUUCAGGAAUAUGAGGGAGGGUGCCCAGAAAUAUUCUAUAGGGUGCAUGGAAACAGAUUCGAUGGAUGCUAGGUUGUUCAAAGUCGUAGACGACGACGUCCCCGUUACAUACUGGCUUUGGCCUGAAUUCAAUUCGACGGACGGUAUCUUUUG